AUGGCGUCUUUGGCGCUACCCGAGAGCAAUCUUGAAUUCGAGGCAAAGAAAUUGAAGAGAUAUGAGGCUGACAAGCUCAGAGCAGAGAUUGAAGAGCUUCGCCUUCGCUCCCAAGAGCUUCGAGUUCAGCUACGGGCACUCGGUGCUGAUCCUUCAGUGGUUCCUCAGAAAAUUAAGGCUGGAGGCGGGUCACUCGAUUUGCGCCACGAGUUGCGGUCCCUCUUUGAAUGGCUGGUGAAAACCGUGAACUUGGAGCAUCAAGUGGUUUUCGAAUGUGGCAAUGGCGAGGGUGAGGUUCAGGUUGGAGGCCGCCGUGUCUUGCUUCAUCGAAUGGCCUCGUGGCAACUUUCAGAUGGCUUGAAGCUAUCUGUCCCAUACGAGCUUCAGGCGGAGAUCUCUGGACUCCUUCUUCAAGCCCGCGAGAGGGGGGACAGAGGGAUAGACGAAGAAGUGGAGAAGCUCUACAGCACAUGGGAUCUCUUGGGUGCAGAGGUGGUGUCACCGACUUGCUCUCCAGAACCUGCAAUCUUCCUAGUGCAGAGGCAGACAGCACAAGCUGUAGUUGUGGCCAAGUGGCCGGCGGUGGAGUUUCAGCCUGUCCCAAGCUUCAAUCCAGAGAGCCAUUUCCGACGGCUGAAUGGACUACCUAUUUCAGGUGACAGGGUUGAGGUGGAGUAUGAAGGGCACUGGUUCACAGGAACCCUACAGUCUGUAGAGGGCGAGAUUGCGAACGUGAAGUGUGAUGUGGAUUCGCCUGGUGUGAUCACAGUAGCGCCACUGACCAGUGUACGGCACGCCUGGACGCGUCCAGAGGUCAAUGAAGCUUCUUCAAAGGAAGAAAACCCACCUCAGUGGCCAUCGUCAGUGCAUGUCUUUGAUGAUAAUCCUGACACAAUCCAACAAGUGAACGCAACCAUCAUGGACACCUUUGCCGUGCUGGGGCCGCUGGAGACCGGGAAAUUUAGCUCGGAACGUGUCGCCUUCCUUUUCAAGCCUGGACGUUAUGAGCUGGAUGUGCCGGUGGGCUACUACACCCAAGUCAUUGGCCUGGGAGCGCGGCCAAAAGAUGUAUCCUUCACUGGUACGCGGGGACUGUAUGGGCCCAGCGAGGAUGACAACAACAAUUUCAACACUUUCUGGAAGGCGGCCGAGAAUUUUGCCAACAAGCCCAGCUCCGGAAGCACCUCUUGGUCCGUCUCACAAGCCGCUCCCCUACGACGAGCUUACGUCAAAGGAGACCUGCUUUUUGGCACCUACAAUGGCUCGACACCAUCCGAAGGGAGCGGCGGCUUUGUUGCAAACGUGAAGGUCGACGGCCGAUUAGAUCUAGUGCGACAACAGCAGUGGAUGAUACGGAACUGCAAGGUGGACAGCACCUUCUACUUCAAUGAUCCAUCCAGAGCUGCAAACUUUGUUUUUAUGGGCACAAGCGGAUGGACUCCAACUCCAACGACAACCUGCACAAAUACGUCGGUCAACCCCACCAGCCCCAGCCCACAAGAGCUUGGUAGAUCACAUGCACCGGUCAUCGUGGACAAACCUUACAUAACCAUUGAUGCCAAUGGCAGGUACAGUCUUCGAAUACCGCAGCUGCAAAGAUCUGCGCGUGGUGUAACUUGGAAUGCGGAAGAGGCGAUCGUUGACUUUGAGGAGGUCUUUGUCGCAACAAACGCCACAGAUCUUGCCAUGAUCAAUGCCAAGCUUGCAUUAGGCCGACAUGUCAUUCUGGCACCAGGCAUUUAUCACUUACCUGCCCCCAUCAGGGUUGGAUUUAAUUCGUCAGCCCGUCAGCAAGUUUUGCUGGGCUUGGGCAUGGCAACCCUUGUUCCAACCAAUGGCAACUCAGUGGUGGAAAUUGGUGCAGCAACAGGGGUCAGGGUAGCAGGACUCUUGCUUCAAGCCGGUCCGAUCCAUUCAAAGCGGUUGCUGUGGUGGAAGCCUUCCAGUGGCAACCCGAACAAUCCUGGACUUAUUGCAGAUGUUUUUGCACGAGUUGGUGGACCUGACACGGAGCUUGUCUCGGCAAAGACCAUGUUUGAAGUGAGUGGCAACCACGUGAUCCUGGACAAUGUUUGGGCUUGGCGUGCAGACUGCUGCCAGGAUGGUUGUGGCGCCUGCGCAAUCAGGUACUGUGACCAUGGAGUUGUGGUCAAUGGCGAUGAUGUGGUGUCUUAUGGCCUUUUCUCUGAGCAUUGUGAGAAGGAUUUGGUUGUUUGGAACGGAGAAAGAGGAGCCACUUUCUUCUAUCAGAGCGAAAUGGACUCUUUUGCACGGCAGGAUUGGGACAAGACACCGAACUAUGGGGCAAAUGGUGUGAGUGGCUACAGGGUCAAUGCAUUGAACCACACAGGCAUCGGCAUUGGGGUUUAUGCUUACUUUGUGGAAGAAGGAAAUAUUGUGAAAGCAGGCGUCUCGGUUUCAGAUGUCAUUCUUUGCAUAGUGUUUGGCUGCCUGCUCCAAACAGUCCCCACAUCGUGGAAUUUCUUUUUAUAUCAAAAACUUGAUGGACACAAAUCUUAA